GAGAUCAAUGAGGAGAUGCUGAAAUGUGUCAGCCUUCUGGCUCCAGGACCACACGUCUUCCUGCUGGUGUUAAAGACUGAGAGAAUCACACCAGAAGAGAAGGAAGCAUUAAAACUUAUCAAGGAAGGCUUUGGGAAGAAUUCAGAAAAAUUCACCAUCAUUCUUUUCACAAGAGGAGAUUCACUGGAGCAUGAGGGGCAGUCCAUUCAUGAUUACAUUGCAAAAUCUGAUGAUUCCUUUAAGAAGCUGAUUGAUGAUUGUGGGCAGAGAUUCCAUGUGUUUGAUAACUUUGAUGAACAAAACCGGAUACAAGUCACUGAGCUGAUAACAAAGAUCGAUGACAUGGUCAAAAGAAAUGGUGGAAGUUGCUUCACCAAUAAGAUGCUGCAAGAAGCUGAAGCUGCGAUCCAGAAAAAAACAGAGACGAUUCUGAAAGAGAAGGAGGAAGAAAUAAACAGAGAGAUGGAAGACCUUAAAAGACAACAUGAGGAGGAAAUGCAAGAAAUGAAGAAAAAAAUGGAAGAACAGAAAACAGAAAUUGAACAAGAAAGAAAACAAAGAGACAAAGAGCUUAAAAAAGUGAAGAAACAGCUUACCACAAGAAAGAGAGAACAAGAAUCAAGAGAUGAAGAAGACAGAGAGAAGAAAGAAGAGGAAGAAUCACAGCGUAGGGAUUGGGAACAAAGGUUUUUAGAUUUAGAAGUAAAAAUGAAAGAAGAACUGGAAUCAAAACAAAUCAUUGACAGACAACUGGAGCAGAGCAAAGCAGAAAUGAAAGAGAAACAGGAGGCAUGGGAGAAUGAACAAAAAGAGUGGUGGCAGAAAAGAGAGCAGGAAAAUGAAGUGAGGCAACAGGAGGAGCAGAAAAUGAUGAGCAAAUUGAAAGAAUAUGAGCAGGAAAAAGAAGUUCUUGAGAAAGAAGUAAAAGAAAAGGAUUUGAUGUUAACAGAAAAGGGGGAAAAAGAGAAAAGGGAACUGGAGGAAAACUAUGAGAAAAAACUGAUGGAAAUGAAGGAAACAUUUGAAGAAAAAGCCAGAAAACAAGCAGAGGAAUACAACGAAUUCAGGGAGAAAUGCAUGAAAGAGUUAGAGGGUAAGGACUGGACAGCCGAAGAUGAGCAAUAUGACAUCUUAAAAGCACUAAAAGCUGAGAAAGAAGAACAAAUGAAAAAACACAAAGAAGAGAUGAAUAACUUAGUGAGAUGUUUCACCAAAAAGAGGGCAAACACAAAAAGAGUCCGCAAGCUACUGAAAAAGCAUGAACAGGAAAUGAAGCAUGUGGACGAUCCAGAGGAAAAGGAGGACCUCGAGGAAAAACAUGACAAAGAAAUAAAUGAACUGAUACAAGAACUUAUAAACAAAAGCAAUGAUGAUUGUCCUAUUAUUUAGUUUAUUGUAAAAGCAAGGCCAGACUUACCUGUGUCCAACACUUCUGCUCACACUGAAAGUCAACAAACACUGGAU